AUGGCUUCUGUCAUAUCUAUGUUUGGCGCAGCUGAGAAGAAAGUGGAAGAGGCCGCCAAGGAGGCAGGCGAAGCGAUGAGUACCAUGGCCACCGCCGUGGAGGAGCAGGUCUCGGCGGCUGCACACACAGUGGAGGAGCGGGUACAGGCGGCAGAGGAAGCCUUGGGGAGCGCUUCGGCACAGUUGGUGGAGAUGAUGCGGGCCUACCUGCACGGGAAGAUCACCAUGGUCGUCAAAGCGGUCACCGGCGCCUUGCCCUAUGCCGUGAAGAGGGUUCUGGACGAUCCUGAGAUGCCUCAAGCGGCGAGGAGGGUGAAAGAUCGAGCCGUGGACAUUGCGUGGCCCGAGGUUCAAGAGCAGAUCGCACUGGAGAUGGAACAUGGGUUCACGGACUUGCGUGAUGCUCUGAAAGAGCUCGCCGGGCAAAAGAACCCCGAGGAUGACAAGCCUGCCUACUGCUGUCUGAUUGCAUUCCUCAGGUACCAUCUGUAUCCCUAUGACCGUGGCCUCUGGGGCGUGUCUACCGAUCCGGUCUGGGUGCUUACCGUCCUCCUAUCAGUGAUUCCGGUGUUCAGCGUGGCCGGCUACAUCUUCCCUUUGAUUUUCUUACUCAUCGACAAGACGGACGAGUUUCAGCUGCUGUUCUUCAUCGUCCAGGUCAAAGGAAUUCAGUUCCUCUCCCAGGGCAUUCUGGGCGUUUAUGUCAGCUUCUUUGAGUUCAUUGCCUGCAGCCUUUCCGUCGAAGUGGCCUGCCGGGACAAAGAAGUCGCUGGCCAGUGGGCUCAAUUCUUCGACAUGCUCUCCUAUGUGCUCAUCUUCUUGAUGGUUUGGGCCGCUUAUGCGAUGGUUUACCUACUGUCGAGGAGGCGAGCUCCAAAGCACGUCGGAGAUGAAAUACCACCCGCGACAUUCCGCGGAGGCAACAUGCUCUACUUGAUCUUUUUGGACUUGCUGCUUACGCUGAUCGGUGUUACAAUUCUGGUGGUCGUGCUGUCUUCAGCAGAUUGGGACUUCGCUGCGGCUCAGGUGGGCUAUACCGUCGAAGCUAUCAAGGUCGUCCAUGGCUUCUUGAUGCUGCCAUUCUUCGUCAUGCUCGUUGUACCUAUCCUUAGGAACGUCGUUCUCCACACUCGCCCGACGGGCUACGAUCGCAAGGGCAACUGUCGCAACUACACGGGCCCAGCAGGUCAGACACCGAAGGCUGCAGAGGUAAUCCCGCAGAUGGAGCUGUUCGGAAGAGCUGAG